AAUGCAUGACUGUCACAGUAGACUGCACUGUUUGGUCCGGGGGGUGAUCGGCGCGGAGGGGUGUUCUGGGCCGUGUCACCGAGCUGGACGGUGAUCAGUGAUGGGAUUUCUACCCUGGCGAUGGCUGCGCAACAUUUACAGUGCUUGGUUGCAUGUCCAUCUACUCGGUUUGCGUCUGCCGGCACCUGCCAGGCACGUGGAAGGGAGCGGGGACGGUCUCGGGGGAGAUGCCCGCUGCGGUGGGUUCGGUGAGUUCGCUGUUCGCUGUCCAUGGCGGGCAUCGUCUUCAUCGCUUUAUGCUUUAUUAUUCAUCAACGCCACAGGGCCGCUCCAUAUAUAUGCUCCCGUAUGCACAAGAUGCCCAAGCUGCCCAUACUCACUUCUUCCACCACAAUGUCUGACGACACCGCCGACGCCUCCGCCUACGGCUACACCCCCACUGCCUGGGUCGCCCUCACCUUUAUCUGUCUCUUUUCAGUCUCCGACGUCGUCCAUUUGGCCCAAGGGUGUUUCUACAAGUACUAUCUCGUCUUUCCCACCCUCGUUAUCGGGUGUACCCUCGAAAUCAUUGGAUGGGCAGCUCGAUACUGGAGCAGUCAGAAUGUGCUUGCCCGCGAUCCCUUCUUGAUGCAGAUCAUCACCCUCAUCUUUGCGCCCGUCUUCUUCUCUGCCUAUUGCUACACCAUCCUCGGCGUGGCCAUUACAGCUCUCGGUCCGCAAUACUCCCUCCUUUCCCCCAAAUGGUAUGUCGCUGUAUUCGUCUCGUGCGAUGUCGUCUCCCUCAUCCUGCAAGCGGUCGGCGGCGGCUGGGCAGCCUCCACAGACGUAUCCCCCAUACCCCAUACACCGACCAACAUCAUGGUCGGCGGUAUCAUCUUCCAGCUCGUCACCAUGAUCAUCUUUUCCUACCUCGCUGCCGACUUUAUGUGGCGGGCGCAUACCAAAAAGCCUUUCAAACGACGUGCUGCCGCCAUUCAGCAGCAGGAGAUUGAGUUGACAGAUGCGGAGACUGCGCAAAAGGGGAGCUUGAGGGAUAGUCGGGCAUCUUCCGUUGAGGACAUCGCUGUCAGACAACGUGAAAUGCGAGGUUGGUGGUUCGUCAUGCUCGGUGUCGCCAUUUGCAGUGUCUGCAUUAUCCUCCGAGGCUUCUACCGUUCUGUCGAGCUCGUCCAAGGAUGGGAUGGGUAUCUGAUAGAGCAUGAGGUGUACCAAGAUGUGCUUGAUGGUAUCCCCAUGUUCAUCGCCAUUGCGUCAGUCAACAUCUUUCAUCCGGGCUUCUUCCUCCCCAGACGACAAGGAUGGAAGAACCCCUAGUCGUCUAGCUUUCAUCUUUCGACGUAUGGUGGUGCGUGUAUAUAGAUGGAAACGACAUAAGAAGCUUGAUAUACGGACACAAAACAUUAUAUUAUAAGCCAAGGCAUCUUGUGAGACUUGCGUUUCUUGAUCUCUUCAUCUCUUGUAAAAGUAUUCGUAUGAUAUAGAUAUGCAACUGCUUGCUAUCCUUCAUC